AUGCUAGUCAUAUUUACCUAUAACUUUACUCAUAGUCUUCAAUGCGAUAAAACAGAUCGAUCAGGUGAAGCUAUCGUCUUUAGUAUUGGAUUGAAUUGUCCAAAACAUCUACCAUGCCAAAAUUUGGCCUAUCAAGUCGAUCUCCUUACCAGUAUUCAUGAAAAAUUCAAUGCUGUAACCAAUAUCGAUAUGACGACUGAUGAUGGAAGCAUAUUACCCUUGGAACUUUGCCACGUUCAAUCUUAUCCCAACGGGAAUAGUAACAGUGAUAGUAGUUCCAAUGGUAUUGUUGUCGCUAUAUGCACAAAUGGCUGCCAAAAUGGUGGCCAAUGUACCGCUCCUGAUACUUGUACAUGCGCUGCAGGAUGGAGUGGUGCAACGUGUACACUAGAAUUGACAAUCACAACCACAACGACGACAACUACAACAAAAACAAACACAACAUCAACAAAUGCAACAGCAACAAAUGCAACAACAACAAAUGCAACAACAACAAAUGCAACAACAACAAGUACAACAGUAACAAAUGCAACAGCAACAAAUACAACAACAAUAAUUCGGACCGGUACCGGACCGGACCGGACCGGACCGGACCGGACCGGCCGGUUGCCGGUACCGGUUCCAUCUCUGACAACAACUACAACAACUACAACAACAACUACAACUACAACAACAACAACAUCUACAACAACAACAACUACAACUACAACUACAACUACAACUACAACAACAACAACAACAACAACAACAACAACAACAAGUACAACAACCGCAAUUAACCCUAGUUGCAUCAACUUGCUUGUAAAUCCCGGUGGAGAAGAUGGUGUGCUCACGCCUUGGGUCGUGGGUGGCAGCUCAAAUCCACAACUAGAUAGUGGCACGUUUGAUAUUGGUUUCGGUCCUCGCACUGGAUCAUAUCAAUUUGUUGGAGGGACUGGUUCGUCCGGCACGCUCACACAGACCAUUGUCAUUAUGACUGCAAGUCCAUCGAUCACAGCAUCGCAGAUCGAUACAGGUACUCUUAACGUCACUUUGCUCUUCUGGACUCGUGACCUUAUACAAUUGCUGAGCAACGACGGUGCUGCAGUGGCCUUGUCCUUUCUCGAUGCUUCCAAUGCUGUUUUGAGCACUGUCAACAGUCCCGAGCAGACAGGUGGUAUUCUUUGGACCUCAUACUCAAAUUCAUACCCUAUUCCUGCUGGAACGCGAUCAAUCCAAUAUCAAAUGGUGUUUACUCUACACAGUGGCUCUACUAUAGAUUCGUUUAUCGAUGACAACUCUAUGACAAUCUGCUAA